AUGUUGCAAGAAGAUAAAACAUCAUUAGCUAAUACACACAUUUUCCUACCAUCAUUCCAGAUAUCGGAAUGUGCAGCUAAGGGAGGCGAGUGUGACGAAAGCAAGGGACGUCCGGUGUGUGGAAGCGACAACAAGACCUAUCCGACCCGUUGCCAUCUCAUCCGGGCGCAGUGCAGCGGACAUCAGGUUGCCUUCAAGCAUCGAGGAUCAUGCAAAGAUGUGUGCAUUGCUUCGCGUACGUACGCCUUGCAGCAGCGUGCCUCCUCACCGUACACGGUGAAGUACGUACCGCGCUGCCGGGAGGAUGGAACGUACGCACCGGUCCAGUGCAUCGACGGUGGCGGUUGCUGGUGCGUUAAUGGGCAGGGCAAGCAGCUCCCGAACACGAUGGUCCAGCACGGCAAGCCAAUCUGCGUGAAGAAGGGCAAAUCGAACCAGCGCCGAUCGUCGCCCCGCAACCCGAUCCGAAACAAGCGCAGUUGCAGUGGACUAGAUCGGGCCGUGUUCAACACCAACCUGCUGAAACUGUUCCAAAACGAGCACGUCCGGGUACAUCAGCACAACCUAACGGGGCCAAUCAACGAAAAAACCGUCCUGGACUGGAAGUUUAGCGUGAUGGAUCUGAACGGUAACAAUCUGCUGGACAAGACGGAGUACCGUACGAUGAAGCGUCUUAUCAAGAAGGUCGUCAAACCAAAGCGCUGUGGCAGAUCGUUCGGUAAGAACUGUGACGCCGACCAGGACGAACGACUGUCGCGUAACGAAUGGUACAACUGUUUGGCAAAAGACGACGUCACACCUCACAACCCGUCGUCACAAUCAUCAUCAACAACAUCAUCAAUCUCUAGUUCCUCUUCCGGUGGCUCUGGACACUACACUGUUCCCCAUAUGCAUCAACAUCAUCAUCAUCAUCACUAUCCUAGCACGCGCGGUGGUAUGGGUGGUGGGUCUAUCGGAGGCGGAGGCGGCGGCGGCAGUAGCAGCGUCAACGUCAACGGCGGCACCGGCGGUGGUGGUCACUUUCUCCGUGCCGACGACGACGAUGACGACGACUCACAGAAUAUCUCUAAUGAUUUCACUGACGAUGACGAUGACGAUCAUUCAGAGAAUGAGUACGAUUCGGACGAACUGCCCGACAGUGAUAAUGCACUACUGAACGGAUUGCCGUUGCCCGUUAACGGAUUGCAGCCAUACCUGUUGCUCCAGGGCAAAACGAUGGUAGAUCCCAAGGGUGAGGAUGACGCCAUCUUUAAGGAUAGUGAGGCCGAUUCGGACUGCUUGAGCGAUCGCAAGUACGCGCUGGAUGAACAGAAGUACGGUACCAACGCGUUGUAUGUGCCAGAGUGUACAGCGGACGGUCGGUAUCAACGUGUGCAGUGCUACCGCUCGACUGGAUACUGUUGGUGCGUGAACGAAGACACCGGCAAAAACAUCCCGGGCACUUCUACAAAGGACGAAAAGCCUGUCUGCGACCAGUACGCAUCGUCGACGCGACCGAUGAAAGGAUGCCCGGAGGAGAAGAAGGUGGAAUUCUUGAAGGACUUGAAGGCAUUCCUGAGCAAACAGGUGACAACAUCGUUCGCAGGAAAAAUCAUUCCCGUGUGGAAUACGGAGGAGGAAAAGAUUGCCAUCUUGAGCUUUGUGCUGCUGGACAAGAACCAAAACAAGCAGCUCGAACGGAAGGAGUGGAAAGCGUUCCGUGAGUUAGUCACCGCCACUAGACAACUGCGCAAGUGUGGCAAGAAAAUGCCUCGCUACUGUGAUGUAAACAGUGACCGGAAGAUUACCCUGUCCGAGUGGAUGAGCUGUUUGGAUGGCAAGCGAAACAGCUCCGUGGAUGUGGCCGCCAUGAGCGCUCCAUUGGUGCAGGCCGAGGUAAAGUCUCCCAGUAGCAGCAGCAGUAGUAGCAGCAGCAGCAGUAGCGGUAGCUCCUCGUCGACCAGCUCAAAGUUUAAGGGCAGGAACCCGUUGGAGUUUGUGCUGAAGAGUGACUAG